AAGAAAACUACAUUUUCGAAGUGCUAUUUAAUGUUAUUGUUAGAGUUUAGAUAUUCGCUUGAAAAUUAUACAGACAUUUUUUCCUAGAAAAAAAAUUCUAUUGAGUUUGAAUAGCAGAACAUUAAAUUUUCUGUUGGAGUAGUAAGAUAUGAGCAUUUUGGUUAUGGAGGGAAGUCUACCCUUGCCUCUCGAACCUUCUCCUUCUACUGUUGAUGACAACGCAAGUAGGCUGUGGGUUGGGAACUUAGACAGCAGAAUUUCUGAAUAUCAGAUGAUUAAAACUCUUCAGAAAUAUGGAAAAAUAAGAAAGUUUGAUUUCCUUUUUCAUAAAUCUGGGCCUCAAAAAGGAAUGCCACGAGGUUAUUGUUUUGUCACGUAUGAAACAAAACAACAAGCUGAACAUGCUUUACAAGCCUUAGAUGGGAAAAUUGCCUUAUCCCAAAAACUCAGUGUGAAGUGGGCACACAAUGCUCCAAAUCUCUAUGAAGUUUCUGCUCUUCCAAAACCACCUGUUCACCUUCCUGGUUCUUUGAAGGAAGAGGCAAAAAAAACUAAAAGCGUGAAAAAUCAAAUCAGUGCUAUAGAAGCCAAAUUAAAAUCCAUGGAAAGGGAGAAAGAGCUGGAGCUGGAGAACUGCUUAGUUUCAAACUCACUUAUUGGUUCUUCAACUAGAACUCUUCGAGAUAAUAGUGUUCAAGAUAAACGGUAUAAACCUUACACAAAGUCAACUCAACACAGAAAUACUUCUUCCAAGAGAAGGUGAAAUAAUGUAACAAAAAUAACUCCCACAUGUAUAUAAAGCUCAUUUUCUGCUUAAUUGAAAAUAUUCUAUCACCUAAAGGGGUGGUCCCAUGUUGAAAGUUAUUGAAAAUAAGGCUAAAUAUGUUUGAUACCACAUUUUAAUAAGAAAGAAUCAUUAAGUAAGUACCACACGUUUCAGUGACUGGUACCAGUAAUACCUUACGAUAUCUAGAUUAUUUUCUAACUGUUGGAAGUGCAUAUUUUGUGGAUGUUAGUAUUUUGUAAGAAGGCUCGUUUACUAGUUUUGCUGACCCGCUUAGAAUAACUGUACAGUUACUUUUUAAGCGUGGUUAAUCUGUAAG